GGAUCGAAAAUGAAUAUUUCGACGUGUUGCGAAGAGAAUGACCAAAUCAAUAUACGAGGUCUGAUCAAAAAGUAACCGUUACGAUAAUUUUUUUCAAAAAGUACUUAUUUAUUAAUCAAUAACUAUCUUUUCCCCUCCAAAUAAAUCCCCUCAAUUUCCAAUUUUUUCACUUUUUUGCAAUCCUCCUAACACUUUUGAAACGCGCUUUUUGGUUACACAAAUCUUAAUACAAUUUUAUUGAUCCGACCAAACACGACUAACAGUUUUGUCUGUCAAAAACAAACUGGAUAUCCAACAAGGAUGAACGAGUGACCGGUUUACAUGGGAGCUUUAUCAGGUUAUAGACCGAUUUGGACCGUACUAGGCACAGUUGUUGAAAGACGUAGCAGAACCCCGCAUGCAAAAUUUCUGCCAAAUCGGACAAAAAUGGCGACUUCCAGGGGCUCAAGAAGUCAAAUCGGAAGGCCGGUUUAUAUGGGAGCUACAUCAGGUAAUAGACCGAUUUGGACCGUACUUAGCACUGUUGUUGGAAGUUAUAACAGGACACUAUGUACAAAAUUUCAGCCAAAUCGGACAAAAAUGGCGACUUCCAGGGGCUCAAGAUGGCAGAUCAGUUUAUAUGGGACCUAUAUCAAUAUUAGCCAUCAAGUGGCUAACCUAACGCGUUCGACCGCUAUCGUCAUUACGACAGACGGACACAAGGCUAGAUCGACUCAGAACUUCGAGACGAUCAAGAACAUGUAUACUUGAUGGGGUCUUAGACGAAUAUUUCGAGGUGUUACAAACGGAAUGACUAGAUUAGUAUACCCCCUCCUAUGGUGGUGGGUAUAAAAAGGAAGUUUGUGCGGAAUUUACUCUUGGAUAUGUUCCUUAAUGGGUUGUUGCAAUUUUGUUUGAAUUGUUUUUUUUUGCACUUGUUUAGAAAAUCCUUCUCUUGUAUUUUUAAUUCUCUCCCGUUUAGUCCCGCGUGUAUUAAAACUCAAAAUUAUUUUCUUUCAAAGAUUCGUUAAAAUGCUGUAUGCAUUCCUUGUUGGGCAGAUAUGAUGAGGCGGAAUUUAGUGGCUUGGUUAUUGCUUUUCAUAAGCACUUCCGGUUGUUCAUCGCAGUCACGAACCAGUCAAGAACUUUAUGGCAAUAAAACCAAAAGGAGCAUUAAAUGUAUUCCCAUGAUAAAAUAUUUCGAGGUGGAGUUGGAGGAAGACUUGAUUAAGUCUGGCGAAGGUUUGGGCAUUACCGGCGACCAUGUUAAACUGGGCCAAUGGAAUGUCGAUAGAAGUCUCGAAAUGAAGCGACGACGCCGCAACCCCCAGAAAUGGUACAUAAAAAUACCAAUGUGUUCGGCAGUGCGGAUAUACCAUCGUUUCUUCAUAUACUACAAGGACUCGAGGGGAUCGAAACGAAUUCGCCAGUGGGAGGGGCAGCAGCAUGCACGUGUACUCGAGGCCUACGAGAGGUAUCGCAAACAAGGUUCGCCCAAGUUCGGAGAGGCCCAUCCCAUGGCUGUUGGUGGGGGUAUACAGAUGGAGAGGGGAUGGCUGCGUGGGGAGUAUAUAGUGCAAAUGAAAUUCGUGUGGCCCCAGCACAUACGAUUCACAUCAUUCUCGCAUUUCAUAAGGAACCUGAGGUACAGCAUCAAAUUGGAGACAUUUGUGGGCAGCGAAGCACAGCGUUUCAAUUCGGCAGCAUACGUCUCAGAUAUCGAAAUUGAAGUGGCUCGCUUCCCAAACAAAAGGACGCUCCUGCGACCUCAAUCCGAUGGGGGGGAGCAGUAUAAGCCCGGUCAAAUAUUGGUAUUCCAUAUUACCAUACCCAUGGGCAUUAAGUGCCUGCACAUGCUGACAAUCAAUUCCAGAGAGGGCGAACGCUUAGGAGAAGCCACCAUUGCGGCGUCGUUGCUAGAAGCCAGCGAAGGCAUAUUGGAGUUGCCAAUCUACGACCCGCGAGCUAAACAACGGGUGGGAUGGUUGACACUGCCUUAUGUUAAAAUCGAACCGCUACCAAUUGCUGCUGACUUAACUCUUAGAUCGAGUUUUCAUCGAUACUGGCCGGCGAAUUGGCCCACUCUAGAUAUGGGCCAUAGGGGUAUGGGCAAGAGUUUCUUCUAUCACUCGGCCCGGGCGUUGGAGAAUACAAUUAAAAGUUUCUUAAAGGCGGAAAGAUUAAACAGUGACAUGAUUGAGCUCGAUGUCCAACUGACCAAGGACUAUGUGCCAAUAGUCUUCAAUGACUGCGGAUUUUACACCGCCACCCAGGGGAGCAAAGUUUCUGCUUAUGAUUUGUACUACGAAUAUAUCAAUGAUCUUACCUAUGGCGAGCUGCGUCAGCGACGAGUUUUCGUCUAUUUGAACGGAGCAAUGGUAGAGUUGUCCCACUUGAAUUCCCUCGAUGUGCCUGAGACCGAGGUGAUAUUUCCCCGCUUGGAGGAUGUGUUCAAACAUCUGCCUUUGUCAUUGGGCAUAAUGGUAGAAGUGAAAUGGCCGCAACUGCUCAGCAGUGGAUCUUUGGAGUACGUCCAGACGUUAGACAAAAAUCGCUAUAUCGACGUCAUCUUAAUGACUAGCAUGCAGCACGGAUGUGGACGUGCUUUAGUCUUUAGCAGUUUUGAUGCCGACAUCUGCAGCAUGGUACGCUUUAAGCAGCAUGCAUUCCCAGUCGUUCUAUUGACAGUGGGGGAGAGAAGUCCUUGGGAGUCAUAUGCGGACCUUCGCACCCAUACCUUGAUAAGUGCCACAAGCUUUGUGCACUCAUCGGAAAUACUGGGUAUCUCGAUUUAUGCGGGCGAAUUGGAACAUUCCGUUACGGACAUCGAUAUAUCCUUCCAACAUCAGCAGGCUCUCUUUGUGUGGGGCGAUCAAUUGAACAACUCCGCCAUAUUGGACAAUUUUAGGGAGUUGGAAGUUGCUGGUCUAAUAUAUGACCACAUCGAUGAUCAUCUACCGCAGAGGCUAAAACGCUUCCCUUUCUUUGAAGCGCCAGAAAUGCAGUUGAUCUUUCGGCGUCAGUGUAUUGUGGCAGGCAAUGUGAGUGUGGGCGAAGGCCCCCCCGACACACAUUCUCCAUUCUGGCCUCGGGUGCGUAGUUUAGAUGAGCUGUAAAGACAAUGAAGACUAAACAAUAAAAAAAAACAAAUAAACUUCUAUAACUGUUGCUUGAAGUUCUCCAAGAAUAA